GGGAGGGAGAGAGAGAGAGAGAAGGAGCGCAAGCGGGCGGCUCCAGUAAGUCCGCAGUCUCCUCCUGGUAUCUUCAAAUAUCAGCGCGUCCUCCUCUAAUUCUUCAUCUUCAUCAUCAUCAUCAUAUUAUCACGGCGGAUAUUUUGCCAUUUGCACGUUCUGCAGCAGGACCCAUAGUCCCUGAGCUCUUCAUAGCCGAGGAUCACACACAUCUCUGUCCUCCUCCUCCACAUCUCUCUUCUUCUCUCUGCUUCUCCGAACCGAAUCUCGGCUCUUCGUGUGUUUUGAAUGGAACAUGGCGAUACGGACUCGGUCCUUCAGCGCCGUGUGUCUGCUAACCGUCCAGCUCAUCAUCCUGAUCUUCAGCGUGCCGUGGAGCGGGGUGGAGAGCCUCACCUUCCCGCAGCAUUACACGAUAAUGCAUUGGGCUCGGAGGAUAGAGCAGGAGAUUGACCGAGUCCUGCAGCACAUCAGUGGAGCGCAGCAACUUAAAGGGCUGUACACUGAAAAGAGAAGGCAGUACACCCUCGUCAGGAACAACCCCAGAGAGAUAGUGGAGAACGUGGCUUCAGACAUCGAGAAGCUGCUGUCCAAGAAGAAGAAGGCGCUGGAGAAACUUGCAACGGAAGCAGAAAGAGUGCAGACUGCACAUCGAUGGCAGGACGGCAUCAAGGAGUGGGAAAUUGAGUACUACGACUCCAAGGCAGAGAUGGAUUACGACGGGGAGGAGAUGGAGUCUCAGAUGUCUCUGAAAUUGGAGUUUGUUUAUGACCCGAAUUUCAAAAACAAUGUAAACUACUCGUACACGGCCGUGCAGAUCCCAACUGACAUCUAUAAAGGAGCUCCGGUGAUCCUGAAUGAGCUGAACUGGACUCAGGCAUUGGAGAGGGUUUUUAUGGAGAACAGUAGAGAAGACCCCUCUCUGCUCUGGCAGGCUUUUGGAAGUGCCACUGGUGUCACCAGGUAUUACCCAGCCACACCGUGGAGAGCGCCCGAUAAGAUCGACCUGUACGACGUGAGACGGAGACCCUGGUACAUCCAAGGAGCCUCAUCCCCUAAAGACAUGGUCAUCCUCGUGGAUGUGAGUGGCAGUGUGAGUGGUUUAACUCUGAAGCUGAUUAAAGCCUCAGUAACAGAAAUGCUGGACACAUUGUCAGACGACGAUUACGUAAAUGUGGCACGGUUCAACGAGAAGGCGGAGGCGGUGGUGCCAUGCUUUAAACACUUGGUCCAGGCGAAUGUGAGGAACAAAAAAAUCUUUAAAGAACACGUGGCUCAGAUGCAGGCCAAAGGCACGACAGAUUACAAAUCAGGAUUCCACUUCGCAUUCAACCAGCUGCUCAACAAAACGAACGUCCCCAGAGCCAACUGUAAUAAAAUAAUCAUGCUGUUUACGGACGGUGGUGAGGACAGAGCUCAGGACAUCUUCGAGCAGUACAACUGGCCCAACAAGACGGUUCGAGUGUUCACAUUCUCAGUGGGGCAGCACAACUACGACGUCACGCCGCUGCAGUGGAUCGCCUGCGCUAACAAAGGUUACUAUUUUGAGAUCCGCUCCAUCUGCGCCAUCAGGAUUAACACACAGGAGUAUUUAGACGUCCUCGGACGCCCCAUGGUCUUGGCUGGGCGAAAUGCCAAGCAGGUUCAGUGGACCAACGUUUAUCAGGACGCCCUGGGUUUGGGGUUGGUGGUGACCGGGACGAUGCCUGUCUUUAAUCUCACUAUGGAUGGAAACUCACAGAAUCAGUUGAUCCUGGGAGUUAUGGGCGUGGACGUUCACCUGGAUGAACUGAAGAGGCUUGCACCGCAGUAUAAUCUGGGAGCCAAUGGCUACAUUUUUGCCAUCGACCCAAAUGGAUAUCUACUUUUUCAUCCAAACCUGCAGACCAAGGUGGUGAACCUGCCUGAACCUAUGACUCUGGAUUUCUUAGAUGCCGAAGUGGAAGACGGCAAUAAACAGGAGAUCCGAAGGCAGAUGAUUGAUGGCCAAGCAGGUGAGAUGACUAUCAAGACCCUUGUCAAGUCAAUGGAUGAGCGAUAUAUAGACGAGGCUGUACGGACUUACACUUGGACCCCCAUCAACGACACAGACUACAGUCUGGGCCUGGUAUUACCUUCAUACCGCGAGUACUACAUCCAGGCUGACCUGAGUGACGUCAUGCUCCAACUGCAGUACUUGCAGUCACUGUUGCCCAGCUCUUUUGAGUCAGCUGGACAUGUCUUCCUGGCCCCAAGAGAAUACUGCAAGCGUCUUCACAUCGCUGAAAACAACACCCAAUUUCUAGAGAGCUUCCUGUCACUGAUGGUGGAGAUCACACCGGAGACAGAGGACUGUGACCAAGGCCUGAUUCAUAAUGCAAUUUUGGAUUCGGGGAUUGUCUGGCAGCUGGCCACCAAGGCCUGGAAGAACAAGGACCUGAACACGUACGGCUUCCUGGCAUUGUUCGCUUCUACUGAGGGGGGUGUUACGAGAGUGUAUCCUAACACAGCGGCAGAAUCUUGGGAUGAAGAUUUAGAGCCACUGAAUUCCAACUUUUACCGGCGCAGUCUAGACAAUAAGGGUUACAUCUUCAGAGCCCCAACUCGCACCUCUUUGGAGGACCCACUCAUCACAGAGAACGGCACGGUAGGGAUCCUUGUCACAACUGCUGUGGAGGUUACGGUGCAAGGCAAAACACUAAAACCAGCAGUGGUGGGGGUUAAGCUGGAUUUGGAGGCGUGGGUUGACAAGUUCAAGAUUCUGGCCAGCAACGUGUCUGACAGCAGGCAAGGAUCUCACAAGUGUGGUCCUACCAGAUCAUGUGAGAUGGACUGCGAAGUAAACAGUGAUGACCUGCUCUGCUACCUGAUUGAUGAUGGUGGCUUUCUGGUGAUGUCAAAUCAGAGAGAUCACUGGAAAAAGGUUGGUUUGUUUUUCGGAGAUGUAGAUCCUUAUCUAAUGCACGCUCUCUAUAAUAACUCCAUCUACGCCCGGAGGCAGACGUUCCAGUACCAGUCUACAUGUGAGCCGACUGCCAGCAGCCGCACGGGAGCUGCAACACGCCACCUCUUCAUUCCCUCCAUCGCUGACUUGCUCAAUUUGGCAUGGUGGACAUCAGCAUUUGCUUGGUCUGUAAUGCAGCAGAUCUUCUACGGUCUUGCAUACAACACCUGGUUUAACACAGGUGAUUUUGCCUUUGCUGAAGAUACCAGAGGAAGCAGCAGCUGUGUGACUAUUCAGAGCCAGUUCUUCUUCACCAACACCACCAACUCGUUCAACGUGCUGCAGGACUGUGGGAACUGCUCCAGGUUAUUCCAUGCCAAGAGGAUAGAAAACACCAACCUGCUCUUUGUGGUGGCCGAAACUCUUCCCUGCAGUUCCUGCGAGAUUGAGAAACUCACACAAGUUAAGACUGAGUUUCAGGAGGAAAUUCCCUGUGAUGUGUUGAGCUCUGCCCGAUACCGGAAAGGACCCGAGAAGUGUUUUGAUUACAAUGCUAUGGAGAACACGUCGGAGUGUGGGCGGGCUCACUCUUUGCGCUGUCCAAUCGGGAUCCACAUCUUGUUCCAGUUAAUGUUACUUUACCUCGCCGUUCGGUCUUAAGUCUCUCUGUUGACCUUGCUCUCUUUUAUCCUCGUAAAACUUCCAUAAUCCCUGCAGCUUCUCCGCUCUUAUUCUCCUCUUCAGUGCAUCUUUUUUGCUUCCGCUGUCUUUCCAGAAUUUCCUUGGUCCUUUUUGCCAUAUUCUAAAGUGCUUUGAUAUUCUCAACACGUCCAGAUGGGUUGAUUGAGAUGCUGUGUGUCUUAGUAACCUGUCGUCGUGCAGAUCUUCUACAGACUAUUCUGGGUCUUGUAUUCAAGGAGAUUUUUAAAAAGAAAUAUAUAAUUUUGCUAAACAGGUUGCCGUAAUUGCAAAUAAUGUAAGUGUGCGUCACACCUGCUUGCCAAGUCCAGUGCUAUACUGUAUAGAUGUGACAUCAUGGGGGCGAUGGAUCUUGACCAGUGUUUACAAUCAUGUUUAAUUAUACAUAGAUUGUUUGUUUGUUUGUUUUUGUGCUAAACACCUUGAUCUUUGCUAGCGUUUCUAUCACACCAGGGAUUUGUGGCUGUGAAGUUUAAAAUUGUUGUCCAUUAUUAAGUCUGGAAGUCACUGAAGGUAGAAUGACACUUAAAAAAAGCAACAAUAUAUCAAAAAUGUCUAAAAGGCAUAUUGUGUGCACAAAUCUAAAUGACUGCCUGGUUUGCUACACAACAGUGCCUUGGUGCACUUAGUCCUCCUAUUUGACAAGACAUGAGGUACGGAAAUUAAGUAUGGCCAGUCCUGAGAAAGUAUCAGAAGGGUGGCAGCUUAUAAAUGUGCUGAAUAUAAUGAAAAAAUCUUUGUAAAAUAACAGUAAUAAUAGCGCUGGAUUUUAUUUUGGUACUCAUGAGGGCCUUCCCUUCAAGACUGUAAAAUCUGUACAACUUAAAAAUGGGCAGCUGUUAUUAAUUAUUGAAGUGUUAGAAUUUUUGAGAGUAGGCUUAAUUGCUUUGUGAGGAACUGAUUACCCAUAUCACUAACCUGUUUUUGUUUUGACAUGCAUUGCAGCAUAAAGGUUUAACAUCUUUUACAUACAAUAACAUCUGAACACCAUUAACUGAUUGAUUAAUGUUACCGCUAGACAGAGUUAUCUAAAAACUAUCCUAUAUUAAACAAAAUAAUUGUAAAAAACGUUGGCGCUGACACAGUUUCCAAUUGUUUAAUCAAAUUAAACUUUUCCCUUUGUUAAUCCAAGAACACUUAUCAUAGUCAUCCAACACCUUUCAAGUAAGAUAAUGAAAUAAUCGAAAGGCCCUUAUAGCAGUGAUGGGGGUUCAGCCAAGGUGAAUUGGAGGCGGUGGUGUUGACGAGGGUGCCUUAAAACCAACAGAAUUUUGAAAGGUUGCUGGGAAAUAAAUGAAUUAAUAGUAUGAUUUUAGAUCCUCACUCUGUUGAUGAUAAUACAUUGAUCUCUUCGACAGAGGCUCUAUCACUUCCGGAUCUAAAGCAUGUCAUGUCUGCAAAUUUCAUUUGACUUAAUGAAGUGAGAAGGUGGUGAAUGGAGUGUUUAAAAAAAAUGCAUUGUGUUUAUAGCUUCAUUCUCCCUCUCACAAACUCUGGGUUCUCACCUCAUGCUUCUCUCCAUGUGUAGGAAAGCGAUCUGCUUAUUUGCAAUUGCUACUUUCAUGUAAAUAUAAAGCUUUAGAACUAUGCUUUUGAACAGAGUUGUGAAAUGUUUUGUUGAUAAGACGAAUUUGUUUUUUUUUUUUCUGUGCAUGAGGGUAAAGUGUCUGUGCGACUGAUGAUUCCAGGGCUAAUACCAAAAUGGUUCCAUUUCAUUAUGCAGUGCACUAUAGGGCCUAAGGCUACGCUUUAAUAGCCACUCAACACCCUUUUUAGUGCAUUAGAUGUCAGAUAGGGAGCCAUUUCAGAGCACACGACUUCUCCACAGAGCGACAACUGCAGCUUGGAAACUGCCCAAGAUACUGACGUGAUAAUGUACGUUUAAAUCAUUUUUGAAGAAAACGAUUUUUGCAUUGGUUUAAAAAGCUUUCUUGUUUGUUUUUGAUAUGUAAGUUUACCCGCUGCAUGAGGAAUAUGUAUUUACUUGAAGUUUUUUUUAACCUUUAGUCCUGCCAAUGUUUUAUUUAAAAGUUUUAUUUAUUGGAUAAGAGACCACAGCUUUAAUUAAGGCAGAAGGAGAUAUAUUCCCUAUUUGGUAUUACACAGUAACAUUCUGCCUCGGCUCUAGUAGGGAAGAUUUUCAAAUAUUUCAAGUGAUGGAUUUUAUUGUUUUCCUCAAAUCCAUAUCUUUUGAUUAUGAUGGUUUGUGUACAUUUUCAAUAGAAUUUUGUGUUGAUGUUUUAAUAUUUACAAUGUUUAAAGUAAUAUCUUUAGAUAAUUUAAAAGUGUAAAUGGGGAGGCUGAGAAAGUGAGAAUGACCGCAUGAGAUCACUUUGUGUGGCUUUGAUUCUGCUUGAUGUUUGUAUUUUAUUAAAAAGGCUAUUUUGAAUUUAUUUAUUUGCAACUUAUGGAACAUGUAAACUGUCAUUAUUAUAUAAAAAAUGCUUUUAGAAUUGCAAUGGAUUAAUGUGAAUAUGGUGUUUGUCUCCCUCUUUUUUAACUAAUACUUUUUCUGCUGCUGUGAGGGGGAUUUAUUUUUUUUCCUUCAGUCUUCCGUAUUGUUUGUUUUGUACAAAUAGCACAAAAAUGUCUUGAAGCACUAACUUUGUAUCACAUGUCAUUCACCUCUUAGAAAGUGGGAAAAGAUGUUUAUAAGAAAAUUGGUGAUAAAGAUAUUCAUAUUUUUCACGUCAAA